CCUCCCCGCCCUUCUACGACAGUUUCUUUUGUAACAGUAAUGGAGAACCUGAUGGGCAGCUCAUCUCCUCCUUCCCGGUUUCAAGAAGAGGAUGGCUCAAAAGAGAAUGCUGAUGGUCCAGCUGGCGUAAAUCAUUCGGAGGGAUCGUGCUGUGGCGCUGCCUCCCAGUCUGCCAACAGUCCGGAUUUUGCAGGAGAUGUCUUGCAAAAUCAACUGUUGCGAAAUGAGUCAUUCAGUAAAGCUGAAAAUAGCGAAAUGAGGCCUGAGGAGGAGCAGCGAGCCAAGAGAGGAGGCUGGUCUAAAGGGCGGAAGAGGAAGAAACCUUUAAGGGACAGCAACGCCCCCAAAUCUCCCCUCACGGGGUACGUGAGAUUUAUGAAUGAGCGGCGGGAGCAGCUUCGAGCCAAGAGACCCGAAGUUCCAUUUCCAGAAAUCACCAGGAUGUUGGGCAAUGAAUGGAGCAAGCUCCCUCCCGAGGAAAAACGGCGCUACCUUGACGAAGCUGAUAGAGAUAAGGAGCGCUACAUGAGGGAGUUGGAGCAGUACCAGAAGACGGAGGCCUACAAAGUCUUUAGCAGGAAAGCCCAGGACAGACAAAAAGGCAAAUCACAUCGGCAAGAAGGAACGCGACAAGCUACCCAUGACCAUCAGAAGGAGCCUGAUACAAAGGAGAGGUCAGUUUUUGAUAUUCCAAUAUUUACAGAGGAGUUUUUAAACCACAGUAAAGCGCGAGAAGCCGAGCUGCGCCAGCUGCGCAAGUCCAACAUGGAGUUUGAGGAAAGAAAUGCUGCCCUGCAGAAGCACGUGGAGAGCAUGAGGACCGCGGUGGAGAAGCUGGAGGUGGACGUGAUCCAUGAGCGUAGUCGCAACACUGUGCUGCAACAGCACUUGGAAACCUUACGGCAGGCUCUGACGAGUAGCUUUGCUGGCGUCGCCUUGCCAGGGAGCGGGGAGACCCCCACAUUAGACACCAUUGACUCCUACAUGAACCGGCUGCACAACAUUAUCCUGGCAAACCCACAGGAGAAUGAGAACCUCAUAGCCACAGUCCGGGAGGUUGUAAACCAUCUUGAGCGUUAAUAACUUGGUGAGUCUCUACCUUACCAGGACCUCUGGCGAUGACUUGCCGUUCAGAGCUGAACGGAAAUCUUGCCCCAACCUUGUGAAACCUGUGCCAUGAUACCGAACCCUUAGUAUUUGUUAAGAAGUAACCAGUCCUCCCACAGUGCUUUAGUUACUUUCAGUGACGUUUAUGUAGUUCAAAGGCUGUGGAUCCUUCAGAAAAACAAAAGCAUAGUUGCUUCGUUUCUUUUUUUUACUCUAAAUCCUUCAGAUUAAAUUCCUGCAUUCUGUGUCGUGAAUUGCUAGCCUAAGAAUCAAGUGCCCUUUUAAUUCUGGUCCAUCUGUGCUGGAGAAGCCAGAAGCGCCCAACCUUUCUGAGUCUGACCUUUGAUAAUGACUGCCAAGUGCUGCUAAUUGCACGCUCGCCAUUAUCCCUCGGCAGAUGCGAAAAUCUGUUGCCCUCCCGGCCAGCGGCCAGAUGGAACAGGCAGUGGUUCUAAGCCAGCCCUGCCCCCCCGCAGGCUACGGCAGCCGCACUUCUGCUGCCCUUUGACGAAGGGAAACAGCUCCUGGAUGCAAGUUGGGGAUUCUUCCACAGCUCAUCAGCCGCCGCCUUCUGACAAAGCAUUUCUUUCAGGGAUGGUGGGGGUGGUUGGCCUGCCCGUAAGCUGCCACGGCAGACUUGGGGAAUUCGUGCUGGGGAAGCAGUGACAGGACAGGCAGGCCCCUUUAGACAGGCACCGGAAGUGCAGACAAGGCUAGAGGGCAGGUGCUUUUCGCUGACUUCCUCUUUCCAGCCAAGGUCUGCGCAAGGUUUCAGACACCCCAAAGACUCCUGGUAUCCAUUUCUUUUCCCAUGAUGAAUCCUGGGAUUGUUAAGAACAUUAUUUGCAGUCUCAAAAUGGAAGUGUGGUUUGCUUCGGGAAAAACAGGAUUGCGGUUUCAACAACGAGAAAUGACAACGACAGAAAGCCCCAAACCAAACUCCUCUCUUUCUUCCUUAUUUUUUCCAUUGAAGACAGAUUCUUACUACCCCACAACAACGUAGAUGAGGCAGUUAACAAUGCUGAUUCCCAAUGAGUGGGAUUCCCCCGAUAAGAAUGUUGAGCUGGUAGUCGUGAAAACGCCUUUUGGCGUUUUCUUAGAACUUGCUUCAGUGGGAGAGGGUGGUGAAAGUGAAGGAGGAGAAUGUUUGGAGUGAAAUGGUCACUGAUAAAUACAAAGGCCAGAGAGCUUUUAAUGCUCUUACUUGGUCAUAUCAGCAGACAAUCCUGUUGGAAUUUUGAUGCCUCUUGUUGGAUGGGGGAGAAAAAUACACUUCCUAGUAAUGACAAACAUAGUGCAGAAACCACUUGGGAUAGGAAAAGGACCACCCCUUGACUACUCUGCUGAAAUUUGAUGUCCUAAUUGCCAAAAAUGAAGACAUCUGCUCGUCCUUCUCAUUGAAUUUUUAGUAAGAAAUUAAGUGCAGCCUUCAGGCACUAAAGGACGGCCACCUCUCCCUUAAUGGGAUGAAGUUCCAGGGGCUAUAGCAGGGACAUCUGCAGAAAGGCCUUUAACGAUGCUCAAAAAUCAAGAACAGCAUUUUGUAUCACACAUGGAGACACACAGCCUAGCAGAUAGUGAAGGUGCUUUCAAAACAGGUCAUGUGUGUUAACAAUUCCUAUCUGCUAGCAGAUGUGUAGAUGCAGGUGACAUUUCCAGUUUAUCUCCCAAGGCACAGUCGCUCCGUGUGCCUUAGUUGAGUUGGGCUUAGCUCUCCGAAGGUGUCUUCACAAAAUCUCAUGUCAUCUUCCAAUCCAUCUUUCUCCUCCUCUUCUGUUUUAUCUUCAGUCUCUCGGGUUUUUUUCUUAGAGGGAUAAAGAAGCAUGGAAUGAGAGCCAUUGUGAAGCCAUGAAGUAGAAGGCAAGGAUUUGGAGUUAGGCUCCACUUCUUGCUUAACGCUUGAGGACUUUUUUGUGGGGUAGAGAAGCCGCUGGUAAGAUAACGGCAUCCUCUCAGCCAGUUUUUCUGAGCAAGCCUCCACUGCCCAGUCCUCGAUUCCUUAUCAUUUAUCCACUGGCCAUGGACAAACUGCACUAAGCAUCGCAAUGGCAAUGCUGCGUUCUCCUUUAAGUCAAAGUUGUAUUUUUGUUGCAACGAAAACUAAGCUCCGAAAUGGUUUUUCUGACAUGCUCUGGAGGGGGGCAUUUUCCUGCCUCUUUGCUCCUUAGUUUCAUUUUAGGCAUGUCCUGCCAAACCCAAAGGCUCCUGGGCUUCCUCCCGGCCUGGUCACGAGAAGAAGACAGGCCUGCCUCUCUUCUUCUGGUAGUAAAAAUACAAGAUCUUCAUGCCCAUUUUAGGCUACCUUCUUUGUCGCAGCAUGCUACUUAGUUUGUCGUACACAGUCAUCGUACUCAAGUCUUCUCGAAAAACCAGGAAAUGCGCAAAGUGUCUGUAUGUGUGGGGGAGGGGGUUACAUUUCUUCCAUUUUUCUGGUAAUAUGUGAUGAUCCCUAAGAAAUAAAUGAUGUAAAAGGGGA